AUGUCAUUAGAUCCGAAGUAUGCGAAUUUGCCGUGGAUUGCACAUGGACAACCUGAUGUUUAUGAGGCUGGAGAACUGCCAGAGGCUGAUCAAAAUAUUCAGGAUACGUUUCAAAACACAGUGACACCAAAAGAAAUCGAAAUUGUCAAUCUGUCGGUAUCCGAGGCUCACAAGAAGUUUGCUAGCUCCAAAGUCGACGCUUCCAAUGUCGACUUUUCCGACUGUAUAUCAGGCAGUGGCAAGAUUGGAUAUGCCGUCGAGACAAAUCAAUAUGAUUUUCUUCCUCCUGAGUCUAGGGACCAAGAAUCGCUUUUAAAAAGAUUUCAACGUUUGCAGAUUGAAACUAAUCAGCUGAUUAAGGAGAUUGAAAGCAUAUCUGAUCAGAGUGAAGUAAAUCCCAAGGAACCUAUUUCUGCAUCAAAAUUGUUGUCUUGUGCGGAAAAACUUUCCGAAAAGUUAACUGAAAUACAGUCUACUGAUUUAACUACUGCCUCUUUGGAUGGAUCAGAUGCUAUCGGGAAAGUAUUGCAUAGUGUCAUAAAUUCAUCAGUAGAAUUCUUCAGUAAGUGUGUGUAUAUACUUGGACUAGUUUUAAUUUUAAAACCAAAUGUUCGACAUAAUUUCUUCACUGAUGCAUAUAAUAGUAUGUUUUGUGCUCAUAGUGAAUCUACCGGGCAACGAAGUAUUCACACGUCGUUUAUUUGCUACUUUGCCCUCGUUAACACAGUAAGAAGACAUGCUUUUUUUCGUCCUGUAAUUCUGCAUACUAAUAUCAAAAUUUUGCAGCAAAUCGAUGAGUUCAAACCAGAAAAACCAAUGUCCAGAAAGGUAGAUGAGUCCAACCACUUAGUUUAUGAAAUAUACGAUGGUAAAAGCAUCAUCCAGCAAGCAGAUGCUGAGAAAUUGGCAGAUAUUGAUCGUCGGAUUCAUCAUAUAGAGACUCUCAUUGGUCAACCAGAUCCCAAUAGACUGUCAGCUUUGACAGCAGAUACAGUGACUCAUGGUCUUUUAGAAGCAUGCUCACGUUUAUCCGCUCGUUCGUCGUUGUUUCAACAAGGACAUCUUGAUAUGAUUGAAGCUCGUCUAACGUCGCUGCAGACGAAGUUACAGACUGUAACCGAGAAGAGGGAAGCUAUUGCGGACUAUGAUAUGCAGAAUAAGAUAGCAGAACUGUAUGAACUCGUGAAAAAGUGGAAUGACGUGGCUGACAGUCUGCCAAUGAUAGUGGAACGUCUUAGUACACUAAAAUCUCUACAUGAGGAAGCUUCUCAUUUCAGCCAAUCUCUUGGUAAUAUUGAAUCAAGUCAGAAAAAUGUAGAAGGGAACUUAGCUUCUUAUACUAAACUUUUAGAAGAAGUUAAAAAUAACGUUGUGAAAAACAUGGAAGUCAUAAAGGAUAAUUUCAGUACAAUAGAGUCACAUUUCUCACAAGAACCCAAAUAA